ACCGAGUUCAGUCUUGCGGACAAGGUUACUCAAUCUUUGGUGGAAGCCUAUCGCGAGGACUAGUUUAUGUCUGAGAUCAUACGCAGACUUGAGGCGAAGGACAAAAAGACGUCCGCCGAGUUUGAGUUGGUUAAUGGCUUGCUGUUCCUUGAGAAGGCAGGGAAUAAACGAUUGUGUGUUCCCAAUAGCGAGUCUUUGCGUAGUUUGUUUCUAGGUGAGAGGCAUAAUGCCACUGGUCAUUUCGGGUAUAAGAAGACCGCAGCCAACUUGCUGCAGCGAUUCUGGUGGCCCACGAUGAUGCGAGAUGCACAGCUGUACGUGGAGACUUGUCAAGUCUGUCAACGGGACAAGCCCCGUACUCAGGCUCCUCUUGGGCUGCUCAAGCCCCUUCCGAUUCCAAAAAGGCCAGGUGAAAGCUUGUCCAUGGACUUCGUGGAUACGCUGGUCACCAGCAAGAGUGGGAUGAGGCAGAUCUUCGUCAUCGUGGACAGAUUUAGUAAGUAUGCUAGGUUAAUUGCCAUGCCGGAAACAGCGAAGACCGAGUAUGUAAUCAGGCUGUUCAAAGAGAACUGGGUGAGGGAUUUUGAAUUGCCCAAGUCUAUUGUAAGUGACAGGGAUGUCAGAUUUACAAGUGAGUUAUGGAAGGCCGCUGCAGCUGAACAGGGAACUCAACUGCAAAUGACCUCUGGAAACCAUCCAGAAGCAAACGGCCAGGCUGAACAGAUGAACCGCGUUGUUCAACACCUGUUGAGGCAUUACAUUACGCCCAACCAGGUGGACUGGGACGAGAAGCUUGCUCUUGUCGCCAGUCUGUAUAAUAACGUUGUACACAGCGCUACCGGGGUAAGUCUUAACAGUCUACAUCUUACGUUUAGUCCUAAACUGUCUUUAGACUUCCUACUUCCUAAUAUCCAGCCAACUGUUGCACUGGGCACUUUGGAGUUCGCUUAUCGUUACGAACAGAAAAUGCAGGAGGCUGUAGAGCACAUGCAGAAAGCGCAGGCAGCAAUGAUAGAAUCUGAGAAUAAACACCGCCGCCCUUCUACAUUUCAGGUUGGGGACCGAGUCUGGGUCAAGUCUUCAGAACUGGGACAGGAGUUCGGGAUAUCCCGCAAACUCAUGCCUCUGUACUUUGGACCUUGGGAAGUUUUAGACAUAGUAGGGACAGAUCCUGAUGGUCCAUCUUAUGUCAUCCGUAUCCCUGGUCAUCUCAGAACUCACCCUGUCUUUCACGCCUCCAAGCUCGCUGCAUCCAAGGAAACUGAUCAGUUUCCCUCUCGUCGUUUGAUGUUGCCCCCAACCAUGGGGAGAGGUCGACAUUGACGAUAUCGUCGACCACAGAGAAAUGCCUGUGCAAAAGCCUCCAGGAAGGGGACGUCCUCCAAAGCCAAAGCUGCAGUUCCGUGUCCACUUCAAACAUCAUACAGAUCCGAAGGAGGACCGCUGGUUUACUCGGGAGGAAUUGAUGCAGACCACUCCUCAAACCGUUGCCCGCUAUGAGAGGGAUGUAUUGAAAGGAAAGCGCCAGAUGGCGGCAGAUUGAUCUUCUCAGAGAACUAACGAAGAUAUGGAGGAGGGAAUGCGAGGCUACGCCCGCUUAGCCCCUACG